GAGCAUGCGAGAGCCGCCGGGGCGGGCGGCAGCGGCGCAGCCAGCCGGGGCCGCGGCCGGGCCGGCGGAGCCAUGCUGCUGGCCUCGGCCGUGGUGGUGUGGGAAUGGCUGAACGAGCACGGGCGCUGGCGGCCCUACAGCCCGGCCGUCAGCCACCACAUCGAGGCGGUGGCCCGCGCCGGGCCGCGGGCGGGCGGCAGCGUGGUGCUGGGCCAGGCCGACAGCCGCCUGGCGCCCUACAUCAUCGACCUGCAGUCCAUGCACCAGUUCCGCCAGGACACCGGCACCAUCCGGCCCGUCCGGCGCAGCUACUAUGACCCGUCCUCGGCGCCGGGCAAGGGAGUGGUGUGGGAGUGGGAGAAUGACAGCGGCACGUGGACGCCCUACGACAUGGACGUGGGCAUCACCAUCCAGCGUGCCUACGAGAAGCAGCACCCCUGGGUGGACCUGAGCGCCAUCGGCUUCUGCUACGUCAUCGACUUCGCCACCAUGGGCCAGAUCAACCGGCAGACCCAGCGCAAGCGCCGCGUCCGCCGCCGCCUCGACAUGGUGUACCCGCUGGUGUCAGGCACCCUGCCCAAGUCGCAGUCGUGGCCGGCCAGCCCCGGGGCGGCAGCGGCCCCGCCGGUCCCUGCCUGCACCUGUCCCCAGUGCCUCCUGGUCAUGAGCGUAAAAGCCGCUGCCGGCCCCGGUGCCGCCACCCUGCAGCCCCGCAAAGCCGCCCCUGUGCCGCCAGCCGCCCCCAAGCCCCCGCUGCCCACGGCUGGGCCCAAGGCGCCGGACGGCGUGGCCAYGGCGCGCGGCUCGCUGAAGCCGCUGGUGGCACAGGGGGGCCGCCGGCAGGCGGCCAGCACACCCGCCCUGAGCUCGGCCAGUGCCUCCGGCAGCCCCCCCAGCGUGGGCAGUGCCAAAGGCUCCCGGCCCGGCCUCAGCACCCUGAACCGCAGCCACCUGCAGCGCCUGGCCAUCGCCCAGUCCCGCGUGCUGAUCGCCUCGGGGGUCCCCACUGUCCCCGUGAAGAACCUCACCGGCUCCAGCCCCGUCAACCCAGCRCUGGCAGGGAUCACGGGGAUCCUGAUGAGCGCGGCCGGGCUGCCCGUGUGCCUGACCCGGCCCCCCAAGCUGGUGCUGCACCCCCCGCCCGUCAGCAAGAGUGAGAUCCAGUCCAUCCCUGGCAUCUCCCACACCUGCCGCAAGACCACCAAGAAACAGGCCAAAAAGGGUAAAACCCCGGAGGAGGUGCUGAAGAAAUACCUGCAGAAAGUGCGGCAUCCGCCGGAUGAGGACUGCACCAUCUGCAUGGAGCGGCUCUCUGCCCCCUCUGGCUACAAGGGGCCCCAGCCGKCCGUCAAGCCUGACCUCGUGGGGAAGCUGGUCAAGUGCAGCCACGUCUUCCACCUCCACUGCCUGGUGGCCAUGUACAACAAUGGCAACAAGGAUGGCAGUCUGCAGUGUCCCACCUGCAAAACCAUCUAUGGGGUGAAGACGGGGACGCAGCCUCCGGGGAAGAUGGAAUAUCACAUCAUCCCCCACGCACUGCCCGGCCACGCCGACUGCAAAACCAUCCGCAUCAUCUACAACAUCCCCCCGGGGGUGCAGGGACCGGAGCACCCAAACCCCGGGAAGAGCUUCACGGCCCGUGGCUUCCCCCGGCACUGCUACCUGCCAGACAGCGAGAAGGGCAGGAAGGUCCUGAAGCUGCUGCUGGUGGCCUGGGACCGGCGCCUGAUCUUYGCCAUCGGCACCUCCAGCACCACGGGCGAGUCGGACACGGUGAUCUGGAACGAGAUCCACCACAAGACCGAGUUUGGCUCCAACCUCACYGGCCACGGCUACCCCGACAUCAACUACCUGGACAACGUCCUGGCCGAGCUGGCGGCCCAGGGCAUCACGGAGGAGAGCCUGGCGCAGGACAAGGACUGAGACCCUGGCGAGGAGGCAAGGAAAGGGUUGCCUGUGCCGGCUCCCGCCAGGAUAAAGCUGCUGGARAUACCUGCCUGGGGGCUUCCCGGGGCACACCUGGAGCCCCUGGCUCCCUGAGGCAGCCAYGCAGUGCCCCAGGCUGGCUGGGAAUGYGGGAGAAGGUUCUUUGGGCUGUCCCCUUCACUCCUGCAGGGCAGGAACAUCCCCACACGCAGCUGGGGGGCUUUGAGCCAGCUCGGCCGCCCCUCUGGAUGGUGUCCUGUCCUCGUUGUCACUGUGCUGAGGGCUUGGGGGGUGCCAGGCUCCCCUCUUCUCCUCAUCUGUGCUGGUUCCAGCCUGACCCGACACCCCUGACACCCACCUGGGGUUGGGGCCUAGCUUGGGGUGGGAGCUGGGGCYAUGGGAGUCCYCCACGCUCUGCCUCGUCCUCCUGAYGUUUGUUUGUCCAUUCAUUCUGUCUGGUACCUCUUCACUGGUCUCCUGUGUCCGUGGGGGUUGGGGGGGCUCAGGCUGCCCCCCAGCCCUGUGUCCCCUGCUCCUCUUGGCUGUGUCUGAGCUGUGCCCUCUGCAUGCCAGGGAGGGGCCGGUGGGUGGUAGGAAGCGGUGGGGUGAGGGACAGUGACGUCCCAACCCCUGCAGUGGGUUCCUUGAACUGUUCGUAUGGGGGAGUCCCCGCGUUGGAAUUUCUAUAUACCUCGUGUUUUGGGGUUUUGUCGUAUAUAUGUACAUAUAGGGGGAGCAUCUGGGGGGGCAGCCUGGGAGAACACGGUGCUGCAACUGGGCUGAGGCUGGAACAGGGGCUGUGGGACCCCCCGCCCCGACAGGGCUCUGCCCCACGGGAGGGCUGUCACUUGUGGGUCCCCAUGGGGCCAUGUGUAGGUGGGGUGAGAACUGUUGCCCUUCCUGCCCGCGGAGAGGCUUUUGGGGGGGUCUGGAGGGGAAGGUGGCCGGUGAGGGGUUGGCAGGGGCUGGGCCAGGAGGGAAGUGUGGGUAGGAGAGUGUGGGUGAUAGGGGUGGGGGAAGUGUGUCCCAGGGCUCURGGGGUGCCUGCCAGYCCCCCGG